AUGUUUGGUACAGCUCGUUGUCAUGAUGAUUUAACAUACAAUUUAGCAAAUAUUAUUAAAGCAAAUCGAACAUUAUAUGAAUAUGAACAACGUGGUGUUACUUCGCAUAUCAUUGAUAAACAAUUGGAACAUCUUCAAUAUUGUUGUGCAACAUUGAUCGAUAAUGAUAUUCCUGGUAUAUUACAGAUGUGUCAAAAAAAUGGCAAACCAUUAAAAUCUCUCAAAGCUCGAUUGAAAGGAAAAGAAGGUCGAAUUCGUGGAAAUCUAAUGGGCAAACGAGUAGAUUUCAGUGCUCGAUCAGUAAUUACACCUGAUCCAAAUCUAGCCAUCGAUCAAGUUGGCGUUCCACGAACGAUUGCACAGAAUUUGACUGUUCCAGAAAUUGUUACUCCAUUCAAUAUAGAAUGGUUACAAGAAUUAAUACGAUGUAAUGCAGCAAAAUAUAUCAUUUUGGAUAAUGGUGAUCGAAUUGAUCUUCGUGUUCAUCGAAACCCAUCGGAUAUUUAUUUACAAUAUGGUAAUAUCGUUGAACGAAAUAUGGUUGAUGAUGAUCUUGUUGUUUUCAAUCGUCAACCAACAUUACAUAAAAUGUCAAUGAUGGCUCAUCGUAUUAAAAUUCUUCCAUGGUCAACAUUUCGAUUAAAUUUAUCUGUAACAACACCAUACAAUGCUGAUUUCGAUGGUGAUGAAAUGAAUCUUCAUUUACCACAAUCAAUAGAAGUCAAAGCAGAAUUAUCCGAACUAAUGAUGGUUCCACGUCUUCUCAUAACUCCACAAUCAAAUCGACCAGUUAUGGGUAUCGUACAGGAUACAUUAACAGCAGUUACAAAAAUGACACGUCGUGAUGUUUUUCUUGAUAAAAACGAUUUUAUGAAUCUUUUAAUGCAACUUCCAUCAUGGAAUGGUCAUGUUCCACAAGCAGCUAUUCUCAAACCGAAACCAUUAUGGACAGGAAAACAAUUGUUUUCAUUAAUUCUUCCGAAAGAAAUUAAUUGUGUUCGAACUCAUGAAACACAUCCUGAUAAUGAAGAUGACGGAUCUUUCAAAUGGAUAUCACCGGGCGAUACAAAAGUAUUAGUAGAAAAUGGUCAAUUACUCUCUGGUAUUUUAUGUAAACGAACAUUAGGUACAAGUCCUGGUUCACUAGGACAUGUCGUUUUCAUGGAAUGUGGACAUGAAAUAGCCGGAAAAUUCUAUUAUUAUAUUCAAUUAGUUGUCAACAAUUGGUUACUAAUUGAAGGACAUUCCAUUGGUAUUGAGGAUACAAUUGCUGAUGAUUAUACUUAUGAAAUUAUUCAAGAAACAAUCAAACAAUCGAAACAAGAAGUACAAGACGUUAUUGAAAUGUCUCAUCGUGAUCAAUUAGAUAGUGAACGAGGCAAUACACUUCGACAAACAUUUGAAAAUAAGGUCAAUAGACAUUUGAAUGAUGCUCGAAAACGGACAGGAUCAUUAGCUCAAAAUUCUCUAUCACAGUUCAAUCAAUUGAAAGCAAUGGUCAUCAGUGGUGCAAAAGGUUCGCUGAUUAAUAUGUCACAAAUCAUUGCUUGUGUCGGUCAACAGAAUGUUGAAGGAAAACGAAUACCUUUCGGAUUUAAACAGCGUACAUUGCCACAUUUCAUUAAAGAUGAUUAUGGUCCAGAAGCAAAAGGAUUCGUAGAAAAUUCAUUUUUAAAAGGUCUCAAUCCAACGGAAUUUUUUUUUCAUGCCAUGGCUGGUCGAGAAGGUCUUAUUGAUACAGCUGUUAAAACAGCUGAAACUGGAUAUAUUCAACGUCGUUUGAUUAAAGCAAUGGAAUCGGUUAUGGUUAAAUAUGAUGGUACAGUUCGUAAUCAAAAAGAACAAUUAAUUCAAUUUAUUUAUGGUGAAGAUGGAUUAGCAGCUGAAAAUGUCGAAUUUCAAUCGAUUAUUUCAUUAAAAUCAUCAAAUAUUGCAUUUGAAAAUUUAUGUAAAUUUAAUUUCUUAGAUGAUGAAAAAUAUUUACAACGAUAUUUAAAUGAUGAUAUUAUUCAUGAUCUUUUUACAAAUGAGAAUUCAUUACAAAUAUUAAAUAAUGAAUGGUAUCAAUUAUGUGAAGAUCGAAAUCAUCUUCGAGAAAUAUUCUCUAAUGUUAAUGAAAAUCGAAUAGUUCUACCGUGUAAUAUUGAACGAUUGAUUAUUAAUGCUCGAAAAAUAUUUAAUAUAUCGAAUAAAACUCAAUCAAAUCUUUCUCCAAUAGAAGUUAUUCAAGGUUUAGAAGAAUUAAUUAAACGUUUGCUUAUUAUCAAAGGUAAUGAUCGUCUUUCUCAAGAAGCUCAAUAUAAUGCAACUAUGUUAAUGAAUAUUCUUAUUCGUUCAUCACUUUGUUCACGACAAGUUCUUCAAGUUCAUCAUCUAACUGCAGAAGCAUUUAAUUGGAUAUGUGGAGAAAUUGAAACACGUUUUCAACAAGCUCAAAUUCAACCAGGUGAAAUGGUUGGUAUUCUUGCUGCACAAUCUAUUGGUGAACCAGCUACACAGAUGACAUUGAAUACAUUUCAUUAUGCUGGUGUAUCAGCUAAAAAUGUUACACUCGGUGUUCCUCGUCUCAAAGAAAUUAUUAAUCUUUCUAAAACACCAAAAACACCAUCAAUGACUGUUUUUCUUACUGAUCAAACAUCAAAUGACAUCAACAAAUGUAAACAAGUCUUGUCUCAUAUUGAACAUUGUUCAUUAGGAAAAAUGAUAGCUAAUACAAGUAUAUAUUAUGAUCCUUAUCCACAGAAAACAAUUAUUGAAGAAGAUCAACAAUGGAUUGAUAUUUAUUAUGAAAUAUCUAAUGAGAAUAUUUCAAAACUUUCUCCAUGGUUAUUACGUAUUGAACUCGAUCUAAAGAAAAUUAUUGAUAAAAAUUUGACAAUGGAACAAAUAUCUGAGAAGAUUUCUGAAAAUUUUGGUGAUGAUCUUAGUGUUAUUUUCAGUGAUGAUAAUGCAGAAAAACUUAUUCUACGUAUUAGAAUUGUUGAUCAGACUAAAUCAACAAUUGAUAUGGACGAAACACUCGAAGAAGAUAAUAUAAAUCAAUUAGAUGAUGAAAAUUUUCUUCGAUUUCUCGAAGAAAAGGUGCUUUCCAAUUUAACAUUGAAAGGAAUUAAAUCAAUUUUGAAAGUCUACAUUGUUGAUCCAAAGACAAAUACUCAAUAUAAUUCAAAAAAACGAUUUAUUAUUAAUGAAAAUGGUACAAUCGAACCAGCAGCUGAACGUUUUUUGAUGACUGAUGGAACAUCACUAAGAGAUGUUCUCUCAAUGAAAGAUGUUGAUUAUCGUCGAACAUAUACAAAUGAUAUUAUUGAAAUCUUUAAAGUUUUUGGUAUUGAAGGUGCACGUAAAUCGAUUGAAUAUGAAAUGAAUCAUGUUAUUUCAUUUGAUGGAUCCUAUGUUAACAAUCGUCAUUUGGCUUUAUUAUGUGAUAUUAUGACAACAAAAGGACAUCUUAUGUCCAUUACUCGACAUGGAAUUAAUCGAGAAGAUCUUAGUCCAAUAAUGAAAUCAUCAUUUGAAGAAACAGUCGAUGUAUUAAUAGAAGCAGCUGCUCAUUCCGAAUACGAUCCAUUGAAAGGUGUUUCGGAAAGUAUUCUACUCGGACAAUUGGCCAAAAUUGGUACAGGUGCUUUUGAAGUUAUUUUGGAUGUCAAAAAAUGUGCAUCAGCUAUGGAAUUACCAAUAAUGAACAUCGAUAGUUUUCAAGAAAUAAUGUCUCCAGAUGCUAUGAAAAAAUAUACUCAACAACGUUUAAUUACAUCUACACCUUGGAUUGAAUCGAUUGCAACUAGUCCAUUAUAUGAAUCUUAUCAUUUAUCAGGAGCAACUCCAAUGACAUUGAUGGGUUCUGAAAGAUUUUCAUCUAACUAUUCAAUGACUUCACUAGGUCAUAUGUCACCAUCGUCAUCUACAAAUCUUGCUUCGUACAAUUUUCAAUCACCACGGUGCUCACCAAGCUCACCAUAUAAUAGUUCAAGUGCAGACUACUAUGAUUCAAGUACAUCUAAUUAUAAUGGAUUGAAAUCAAUUCCUUAUAGCCCAACAAGUCCAUCGUACAAUCCAGUCACCAGUCCUACUUAUUUGGAUGCUUCUAGAAAACAAGAAUCAACAUCAUCCUUCUAUUCACCGACCAGUCCUUACUAUAGUCAAACUUCUCCGUCGUUUUCAUCCGAUCGAUUUUAUUCAUCAAUUUCACCAAUUUCUUCAGUAAACAGUCCAUUAUCGAACAAUUUAAAUAAUGAAAUACCACCGAAAUAUACUUCGACGAAUUUGAGUUAUUCUCCAACAUCUCCAAUCAUUCCACGCUAUUCUCCAUCAUUAUCGACGUAUUCAACUAGAAUAUCAUCACCGAACUAUUAUUCUCAAAGUCCAGUGUAUUCUCCAUCGAGUUCAUCUUACAGUUCAACAUCACCGAUGUUUGCAGCACGUGACCAUGAUAGAAGUAGCGCAUCAUUGAUCUAUUCUCCAACGUCACCACAAUACGGUCCAAACUCAUCAAUGUAUUCUUCAUCUCAAUUAUCAUCUCGCUAUACUCCAACAUCGCCAGUAUAUCAACCGAAUGUGUCAUCGCCUCAUAAAAAUCGUUCAACACGUCAAUUAGUAGAUAAUUUUCAACAAAAUGAUUCGAACGACAAUGAAGAUUCGAUGAACUAG